UGUGAAUUUCGAACUGUGGUGGCUAGUACACUUUCAGAUUCCUGGAGGAACCGGAGAAUAUUUCGUCAACGAAGAUCUCCCAGGCCUCCGCCUGUAUUCUAUGACCUUCGAGCUCCUCUCCCUGAUUUUCAGCAGGAUGGUAUACCUUUAUGGGAGAAGAAAUUUUGCACUUCAGUUGGAUUAGUACCAUGGCAGAAGAUAGUUGAUACCAAGAAUUUUAUAAGCUGCCAUAGUAAUGUGCUUAAUUGGAAUGAUUCAGCUGCUGAAGAAACAUUUCAAAAUGCCAAAAGACAAUAUUGGGCGAAGAUCAACAGCCUCCCUUGUGAUAUUUCUCUUCCUCAUUCAGAUGCUUACGUUGAUCAAAUAGAUUGGAACACUUAUAUUGAUCCUGAACUGAUAAAGGAGUUGGAUUGUGCAUACUUUCCUCCCCCUGAUGAGGAAGAAAGGAAUGCCGUAGGUUACAAGAGAACAAAAGUUUCAGCAAAUGGUGAAAAUUCUCAGGAAUGUGAAAGUACGAAGAUUGACAAACCAUUGGAGAAUAAUGUGCAGGGGUGGAAUCAAUGUGAACCCGAUAGACACAAAAAUAGUCCUAGCAAUUCAGAGAACGCCAAUAACCCUUGGGAGUACAGUGUAACUCGUGAAAAUCGAGGAUUAACUAACAAUGCAUGGGAAGGUGGCAGUGCGAAGGUUUGGGGUUGGAACCAAGUGAGUGGCCAUGGUGACCAGAUUAAAGAACGGGGCUGUGGUUAUAAUCCUUGGCAGAAUGAUAAUAAAGGCUGGGGCAAUGCUUGGGAUGAUAACAAAGGAGGGGGUAUAACUUCGGAUAACUCUUGGAACCCAAAACAAUCAAAUUAUUCCUCUAACAUCAAAAGGCCUUGGGAAUGCAAAUCCAAUCAGCAUAAUAUGGCUCCAAGGGGCAGAGGAUGGAGAAACUGUGAAGAAAAUGACCAUGGAUGGAAGCAGCAGAGAAAUUCCAAUAAUGUUUCUGGCGAUUUACAAUUCAGAAGAAACUUUGGUGGAGACUGGACAGCCAGGAAUCAGAGAUUCCAGAUGAGGGAGAGCUAUCAUCAAUCUGCUGAAGGUUCUCGAUUUCAAAGGGAUAGUCAUCAAACAGAUCAUCACUGGAGGAGGGAAAACUCAAAGAAGAGGUUCAGUUUUGCUUGUGAAUAGCCAUUGGACAAUGCUGUGCCUUGUUUUUGCUUAUGGGCAUAUAAGGUCUUUAUAUUUACUGGUCCUAAUGAAUAUCCCUGCAUGGAACUGUUCAUCUGGAUUGUUUUUUUGACACGGUAGCUUUACAAGCAAAUCAAUAUAGCUGCAGAUUUGUUAGUUCUCCAUAGGAGAAACACACUAUGAAAUUGGAGGCAUAUGCUUUAAUCCUUGAGAUGUAAAAUUAAUUAUUUCA